CACUCACGCCCCCUCAGUACCAGACUCUCGCGGCUUGGCUCCCGCGCCGUGGGCGUCAGAGCCCUCUCGCCUGUCCCGGAGGUGGGCUUGCCCUCACAAGGGGCGACCGCUACUACGGUGGCGGCCACAGCAUCUCGUCCCACCUCCGCGGCCCUGGGCGCCGUGGUAUCGGCGGGCCCCGAGCCUAUGACGGGCCAGGGCCAGUCGGCCUCCGGGUCGUCGGCGUGGAGCACGGUAUUCCGCCACGUCCGCUAUGAGAACCUGGUAGCUGGCGUGAGCGGCGGCGUGUUGUCCAACCUUGCGCUGCACCCGCUCGACCUCGUGAAGAUCCGCUUCGCUGUGAGUGAUGGAUUGGAACUGAGACCGAAAUAUAAAGGGAUUUUACAUUGCCUGACUACCAUCUGGAAACUCGAUGGACUCCGGGGACUUUAUCAAGGAGUCACCCCAAAUGUGUGGGGUGCAGGUUUAUCCUGGGGACUCUACUUUUUCUUUUACAAUGCCAUCAAGUCAUAUAAGACAGAAGGAAGAGCUGAACAGAGGUUAGAGGCAACAGAAUACCUUGUCUCAGCUGCUGAAGCUGGAGCCAUGACCCUCUGCAUUACAAACCCAUUAUGGGUAACAAAAACUCGCCUUAUGUUACAGUAUGAUGCUGUUGUUAACUCCCCACACCGACAGUAUAAAGGAAUGUUUGAUACACUUGUGAAAAUAUAUAAGUAUGAAGGUGUGCGUGGAUUGUAUAAGGGAUUUGUUCCUGGGCUGUUUGGAACGUCACACGGUGCCCUUCAGUUUAUGGCAUAUGAAUUGCUGAAGUUGAAGUACAACCAGCAUGUCAAUAGAUUACCAGAAGCUCAGUUGAGCACAGUAGAAUAUAUAUCUGUUGCAGCACUAUCCAAAAUAUUUGCUGUCGCAGCAACAUACCCAUAUCAAGUCAUAAGAGCUCGUCUUCAGGAUCAACACAUGUCUUACAGUGGUGUAAUAGAUGUAAUCUCAAAGACUUGGAGGAAAGAAGGCAUUGGUGGAUUUUACAAAGGAAUUGCUCCCAAUUUAAUUAGAGUGACUCCAGCCUGCUGUAUUACCUUUGUGGUAUAUGAAAACGUCUCACAUUUUUUACUUGACCUUAGAGAAAAGAGAAAGUAAGCUAAAAGAAGACAAUUCAGUAUAUCUGCCCACGGCAGCAACAAGCUCCUUUUGUUUAAGACAUAAAAGAAGAAUCCUGCACAGCAACAUGACUCAUAUUUGAAAUUGGUCUGUAGUCAUUAGAGGCCAGAGAACUGCUAAGUCUUUGCAAUGUUUUUCUGCUUUUUGCCUUCCCCAUAUACAUGGACCUUGGCUACCUCUGCCCAAAAUGGCUGCCAUCAACACAAAUAUUAAAACUGGCGCAAAGUAUAGAGUUUCACAAAUUUCUACAUUUUAUUGGUAGAAGCUGAUUUGCAACAUUUACUAAAUAGAUUAGAUGAAUGUACUUUUUUGUGUGACUUAUUUGCCUGGAUUGCUUUAAAAUUAACCUUUGUGCAAUACCAAGAAAAUGGGUUUUUAAAAGAAUAUCUUUGUUUCAAGAUAAAUUAAGGAUUUACUGCAUAAGGUGUUGACCAAAUUCAGAAGAUUUUAGAAUUGAGAAAUUUUAGUGAGAGAAAAAUCCACUCUAUGUUUUAGUUUUAAUUCAACUGAGAUGCACUACCUAGUGAAAAUUGAGAAAUUACAUACUUCUCGGAGAAACAGCUGACACAUGUUGUUAUUCAUUGCUUUUUUCCCCAGAGACUUCCAUAAUUUAAAAUAAAAUCCUAGAUCCAGUUCUUGUGUUUUAGCAUAAGUACUUAAUCUAUUUUAAAUUUGUAAAACCUGAGCUUCUAGGAUCCAGCUGUGUCAACCUUUAUUUAGCAUAUGUAGCUAUAAAUCACUGAUUGGAGAUGCUAAAUAGAUCACCUUUUACAGAUACCGAAAUGUUUGGGAUGUGUUUGUUGACAAACUGAAUGGAAAUGAGAAACUUCAUACCUUAGUUUUCAGGUAUAUGGAUUUAGAUCCCAAAUAAACGAUUACUCUUCAUUGGUUGCUCACAUUCAGGUUGAAAAACAAAUCACAUUAAUGGCCAUUAUUGAUUUUACUUUUAUGAGUCAUUGUAGACAUCUAUAAAUAUAAAAGGGCCUGUUCCCAAAAGAUGCCAGAAUGAUGCUAGUAUUUUUAUUUAUCAUAAACAUCUAUUAGUGCUGUUGCACUGCCAUCUAUUUGUUGUAAAUAAAACUGUUGUUUUCAAAGCCACCUUUAAAUAGUUCUUUGAAAAUAGGCUUAUUUUUUUAUAUUUUGGAAAUGGCAUUUUUUUGAAAUAAAGAUAAAAUGAUAAGUACCUAAUUGUAUUUACUGUAAUAUCUUGUAACAUGCAUAGGAACGCUUUAUAAGUUAAAUGUGAUGUAUUUUUUUAUACUUCUGGUUUAUACUGUUAUUCAUAUGAAAUCCUGGUAUUAGUCCCCUCAUGGAAAAAUGAACUGCAGUUGAUAUUUGGUGCUUAAGAUAGCACCAUUAUUUAAAUACCUCCUCUGUACUCCCAAGUGAAUAAAACAACAUUCUUCCUCUGAGAACAUAUAAGCUUGUCUGACAGAUAAAUAUGCAUUAAAUAACUACAAUUAUAGAUUCAGAACAUGUCAGGAAUCUGUUACAAAGCCCAGUAAGAGUUCUGAGAGAAGAGAACUCAAUUUCAAUCAUUCAACAACAAAUAGUCACUCAACUCCUGCUCUUUGUCAAGUGUGUCACCAAGCACUGAGGAUAUACCAAUAAAUAAGCCAGACAAUAUUCCUGCCCUCAGGGAAUUUUCUUCUUGGUGUAAGUGACAGAAAACCAAGUAUAUGCAUAAUAUGAUUUAGGUAUUUAAUACUAUAAAUAAAACUGUAGCAGAACUGGGGGAUAGUGUUGCUAUCUUAGGUAGUAUGGUUGGGGUCAGGAAAGGUCUCUGAGGUCAUAUUUGGAAUAUUUUGAAAGAAGUGAGGAAGCGAACCACAAUAAGAGAGGAAGCACCUUUCUAGCCAGAGGCGAUAGCAAGUACAAAGGGCCUGAGGCAGGAAUUAACUGGCUGGUGGGAUGAGUAGGAGAGAGAGGAGGUUGGAGAAAUGGCCGCCACAGUAUGGAAAGAGCUGAGGGUGGACAGCCAGACCCUCUGGCUUCAAAAUUCAGCUUUCCCAUUUUCUGUUUGACCUUAGGCAGAUCACUUCAGCCCUUUUUGUCUUAGGUUUCCUAAUCUGUAAAAUGGUAUCUUUUUUGGGGGGGGGAAUUCAGUGCAAAUUUUAUUAGACUACAAAAACAUAUACAAUUAUUAUUGUAGAUGUAUUUAUAUAAAGUCAUAAAAUUUCUUUGAAAAACAGCAUAAGAAAUAAUUUUUUAAUUUUGUUGUAUAAGUAAAUUAAUGUUAGUGUCUUAAGGAUUCAAUGAUAGGGUUUUUUAAUUUAUUUUUUAAAUUGACAAAUAGCAAUUGUACAUAUUCUUGGGGGUACAUAAUUAUAUUUCCAUAUAUAUAAUGUAUAGUUAUCAGAUCAGGGUAAUUAGCACACCCACCAUCUCAAAUGUUUAUUGUUUCUUUGUGUUGAGAAUGUGCAAUAGCCUUCUAGUAUUUGAAACUAUGUAUUAUAUUAACUAUAGUCAUUCUACAGUGCUAUAGAACACUAGAACUUAUUUCUUCUAUCUAGCUGUAAUUUUGUAUCUUUUAACAAAUCUCUGUCACUCUCCCUUCUCCCUACCCUUCCCAGCCUCUAGUAUCCUCUGUCCUACUUUUUACUUCUAUGAGAUUAACUUUUUUUAGCUUUCACAUAUGCGUGAGAACAUGCGGUGUUUAACUUUCUGUUCCUGGCUUUUUUCACUUAAAAUAAUAUCUUCCAGUUUCAUCCCAUUCUAUGAACGAUGAGAUUUCACUCUUUUUUAUAGCUGAAUAGUACUCCAUAGUGUGUAUAUAUCACAUUUUCUUCAUUCAUUCAUCUAUUGUUGGACACCUAGGUUGACUCCAUAUCUUGGCUAUUGAGAAUAGUGCUGCAAUAGACAUGGGAUGCAGGUGUCUCUUCGUUUUACUAUCAAGGAUUUGUUUUGUUUUGUUUUUGUUUUUUUGAGACAGAGUUUCUCUCUUAUUGCUCAGGCUGGAGUGCAAUGGCAGAAUAUCAGCUCACUGCAACCUCUGCCUCCUGGGCUCAAGCAAUUCUCCUGCCUCAGCCUCCCAGGUAGCUGGGAUUACAGUUGAUCAACACCAUGCCUGGCUAAUUUUUGUAUUUUUAGUAGAGUUGAGGUUUCACCAUGUUGGUCAGGCUGGUCUCGAACUCCUGACCUCAGGUGAUCUGCCUGCCUCAGCCUCCUAAAGUGUUGGGGUUACAGGCAUGAGCUACCACAUCUGGCCUCAAUGACUUGUUUGAAUGAAUUCGUUCUUGGAAGACAUACUGGUAUUUCCUACUUAUUGACAGCUCUGGCAGCAGCUUCCAAAAGCUAAUUUUUUUUUAUUGCAUUUUAGGUUUUGGGGUACAUGUGCAGAACAUGCAAGAUAGUUGCAUAGGUACACACGUGGCAGUGUGAUUUGCUGCCUUCCUCCCCUUCACCCACAUCAGGCAUUUCUCCCCAUGCUACCCCUCCCCACCUCCCCCCACCGCUGUCCCUCCCCUAUUCCCCCCAAUAGACCCCAGUGUGUAGUGCCCCCUCCCUGUGUCCAUGUGUUCUCAUUGUUCAUCACCUGCCUAUGAGUGAGAACAUGUGGUGUUUCAUUUUCUGUUCUUGUGUCAGUUUGCUGAGAAUGAUGUUCUCGAAAUUCAUCCAUAUCCCUACAAAGGACACGAACUCACCGUUUUUUAUGGCUGCGUAAUAUUCCAUGGUGUAUAUGUGUCACAUUUUCCCUAUCAGAGUGACUCUUAAAGACAUUUUCACCCCGAGUAUAGUGACGUAAAUUCUCUCUUUGCUGCAAACAGAAUUUGAUAAACAGGCAAUAGUCCUCUGGGAUACAAGCAAGCCAAGGCUGGUGAGCAGAUUACAGAGAGAGUUAGGACAUUUCUGCAGGUGUGAAACUGGAGCAGAACUUCAAGCAGAGAUUGAUGGGUGGGCAUACAGAGACAGGGCACUGCUACAGAAUUUGUCACUAUACUCAGGGUGAAAGAACUUAGAGCUAGUUUUUGAGGUUAGAGUUUCUCAAAGCCAAUUUAGAAUCAUAGAUUAAGCAGAGUGAGUUUGUCCAAAAUGGAGUCAGCACUAAGGAAGUAACAAGAAAUUGAAAGAAAGGAACUAGGUAUUAUGCUGUAUUACAUGGGAUUCUGGAUCAGUCCUUACCCCUAGCAGCAUGUAUUCUCUGGAGUUCAGCUGGGUGACCCAAUAGAUUUCCUGUUUUUGUGUGUUUUUUGGGUUUUUUUUUUUUUUUUUUGAGACAGAAUUUCACUCUCGCCCAGGCUGGACUGCAGUGGUUUGAUCUCAGCUCACUGCAACCUCUGCCUCCCAGAUUCAAGCAAUUCUGCUGUCUCAGCCUCCCAAGUUGUUGGAACUACAGGCACGUGCUACCACACCCAGCUAAUUGUUGUGUUUUUAGUAGAGACAGGUUUCACCAUGUUGGCCAGGCUGUCCUAGAACUCCUAACCUCAGGUGAUCUGCCCACCUCAGCCUCCCAAAGUGCUAGGAUUACAGGUAUGAGCCACCGCACCCGGCUGAUUUCCUGUAUUUUUAAAGCUAGUCUCCAUUUGCUUUUCCUAUCACUUGCUGUAACUGAAAACUUCCUGGAUGACACAAAUCUGUGAUACCCUGAAUUCUGUAUGUUACUUCCCCAUCAGCUGUUAUGAUUUAUGUGGACUCUUGUUUCUGUGGAUAUUGAUGUAAUCUUUAUGAAAAUUGAGCCUUUUGGGACCCUUGUGUGGUCACAUAGUUUCAUUAAAAUGUGUUCAGUUUUAUAGAAAAACAUUAAAGGUUUAAUAUUUAUAUAAAUUAAAGAGAUUAUUCAGCUCAUUAUGAAAAGCACAAAGAAAGAAGAUUGGUAGACUUAGAAAAAUAAAAAUAUGUUUCUGGUGGAAGGCCCAACUGUACAAAAGUUGGAUGAUUUGUAAGUUCUCCUUGGUGUAUUUCUGAGAUCUAGUAUUCCAGGAUUGUGUUUAGUAUUAAAUUUCAAUAUAUGUUAAUUAGGAUUAGACUUGUACCACUGUAAGGCUAGGAAGUUAUAAAACCAGUUCACAUUCAACAUAUCAAAAGGAAAAUCAGCAAGCUAUUUUUAAGUGAUUCACAUUGAUCUCUUUCCCACCCAAGUUCCAAACUAAUCCAGGCAUAGACAAGAGGUAGAGGGAGCAUGGGAUAUUGCUUUUAUUAAUGAUAAGGCUCAAAUUAGAGAAUGAAGCUUAUAUAUGUGUAAAAGUAAAUUUCUUUGUACCAAGCCCCAGAAUCAUAUACCCAUCCAACCACAAACAACACUGGACUAAGACUAUUUUAUGGCCUGCCCUUGUGAAGUCACAGCAAGGAGGAAUGGGGCAGAAUGCAUUUUCUCUGUAAGCAGCUUAUUUCCAAAGAAAGAGGAGGGAAAGAAAGUGCCACUCAUGCUCACUUCCCUGUCCCAAACUUAAUAUAAUCAAGUCAAUUACAUCUGUCAAUCUGGGUUCAACCAGGAGACAGAACACACCAUAAUUUUUUUUUUUUUUUUUUUUUUGAGACGGAGUUUCGCUCUUGUUACCCAGGCUGGAGUGCAAUGGCGCAAUCUUGGCUCACCGCAACCUCCGCCCCCUGGGUUCAGGCAAUUCUCCUGCCUCAGCCUCCUGAGUAGCUGGGAUUACAGGCACGCACCACCAUGCCCAGCUAAUUUUUUGUAAUUUUUAGUAGAGACGGGGUUUCACCAUGUUGACCAGGAUGGUCUCGAUCUGUUGACCUCGUGAUCCACCCGCCUCGACCUCCCAAAGUGCUGGGAUUACAGGCUUGAGCCACCACGCCCGGCCCACACCAUAAUUUAAAUAGGCUAAGUUUAAAGGAUUAUUAUGUGGUGAUAGAACAAUAGAAAUAUGUUUAGAGAAUCUAAACUAUUCUAGGGCUGAGGGUGAGUAGCCAAAGAAGGACAAAGUUGAAAGAGAGUCCCCCUCUGGUGUUCAGACUUUUUUGGAGAAGUUGUGGGUGCAAACCACUGGGUGGUGUGGAAGCUUGCCUGUGUGCCUGGGGCCAGAACUGGUUUAAAAUUGUCUGAUAAACAGGAAACAGUCCUCUGGGACACAGGCAAGCCAAGGCUGGUGAGCAGAUUGCAGAGAAAGUUAGGACAUUUCUGCAGGUGUGAAACUGGGGCAGAACUUGUACACAUUGAAAGACUUCAGAAGCCAACCUUUAGGAGAAAGGAAAGCUGAGAUUGAUGGGUGGGCGUACAGAGAGUCAGGGCACUGCUGCAGGUACAAGGUCAGGAGCAUGUGGGGUGCAUCUCAAGAGGGCUACAGCAAGGUGGUCCCUAGGCCUCCUAGGUUGGGACCGCAGGGUGUACUGUACAUUCUGUGUGCAAGCAGAGCAAAAUGCCAUCAGAUGCGUAUACCACUGACCUUGCAGUGGGAGCAAAAGAGAAAAAAAUGAGCAUACCAACACUAGGAUGAGAAGUUCCUUUCCUCCCGCAGCACCCCUCCAGCAUCCUCUACUUCUUAUUCUCAUUUUGAAGGAGAAAUGCUUAUUGUUCAAUUGUUAUCACAAGAGUAGAUACUGAAGGGUGAAUUUGGAGUUGAGAAGUGAUCAAUUGACAAGAGGGCUUAGUCACCCCUUUGCUCAGCUUCCAUAUAUACGCACCCUUCUGCACAUAUUUGACCUUUUGCACAAUAAGAGAGUAACUAACUAUAUUUUGGCCUGGUGAGUUACAGUUACCCUUCUGUUAAGUGAAGCACUUGCUGUUCCCCAAAAUAAGACACAAAGUCUCAACAGUCAUUGGAUUCACUGCUGGCUAUAUUAAUUACUCCUCAAUUCACUCAUCAUCCCACCUAAUAUUGUUUAGACUGAAUUGUAAAGUUGACUUUCAAUAACCCGUGUAAUAAAAAUAGGGAGAAUAGGAAAGCAGAAAAUAAAAAUAAACACAUGCAUACAAGCAAAGAGAAAUUAUGCAGAGCUACUGCAGUCCUUGUUUAUGUAAUUGGUCACAAGAUUAUGGUUGAUAUCCAUAGCUUCCACCUUCAACUACCUCUUUAUUUCCCUUUCCCACAGUCAGAAUCAGAUGCUCUGGGUUCUUUGCCUGGCAGAGUGCUUCAAACCUUCCUUUUUGAAAGGUCUGAAUCCUCAGUCAUCCUGCCCCUUUUCUGAUUCUUGUGGUUUUCCAUGUAACCUUUACUGUUCGACAUGGAAGUAUUAAGAGGCACCUUAAAACAUCUCCUAGGUUCCGGACAGUCCCCGCUUCCAUUUGCAGCAGCAAACCAAUUUACCUUGGAAAUUGAGAUCAAUCACUACAGCCAAUAAAUGACCCCCUCUUUUUCCUUCGUUGGCUAAGUGGUACAAGAAGUGUAAAAUGACCAGGUGGCUGUCUGAAAAGCAGAAUUCUAAGAUGAAUGCCAUGACUCCUUCCGUCUCUUGUAUACACCCAUGUAAACUCUUCUUGAGCAUGGUUGAGACCUGUAAAUAUAAUUGGAUAGCACCUCCAUGAUUAUGCGAUAUGGCAAAGGGUUCCUAAUCAGUUGACUAUAAUCCAAAGGGAGAUUAUCCUGUGUAGCUAUGUAUCCUGUGUAUCAGGCAAGUUGUUUAAAAGCAGAAGAGUUAUCCUGCUGGUCUAGGAGAAAAACAGCCUAUUGUGAGUAGGGACCACAAGGACCUGAGGGUCACCUCUAGAAACUGAGAGCAGUCCUCAGCUAACAGUAAAAAGCAAAACAAAACAAAAAACUAGAACUCUAAUCACAACUGCAAGGAACUGAAUUGUGCUAACAACCACAUGUGCUAGGAAUAGGGUCCUAAGUCUCAGAUGAGAUCACAGCCCCAGCUAAUGGUUUAAUUUCAGCCUGGCAACACUGAGCAGAGGACUCAGCUAACCUGUACCCAGACCCUUGACCCACAGUAACAAUGAAAUAAAUAAAUUUGUGUUAAGUUACUAAAUUUGUAGUCAUUUGUCAUGCAGCCAGCAGAAAACUGAUAACCUGUCUCAUCCUAUGAUUCAGUGGAACCGCUGUUUUGUUCCCUUCAUGGAUACUAAGACUUCCAAACCAGCAGACUCAGAGUUGCCAGGAAGCAAAAAGUCUGUAAGUUGGUUAUUAGGUGUAAUAAUGAGAUAAAUCUAUGAUGGUUAAUUUUAGAUGUCAACAUGACAGGGCUAGGGGUACUCAGCUAGCUGUUAAGACAUUAUUUCUGGGUAUAUCUAUGAGUGUUUCCAGAAGAUACUGGCAUUUAAAUCAGUGGACUGAGUAAGGAGGAUCUGCCAACAGCCAGUCAGCUGAGAGCAGCAUUCAAACAAAAAGGAAGGGAGGGAAGGUGAAUGUGAUCUUUAUUCUGGAGCAGGGACACCUUUCUUCAAACUGCCCUUGGACAUCAGAACUCCAGGUUCUCCGGCCUUUGGACUUGGACUUGCAACAGCACAUACCCUACCCUGGGUUCCCAGGACUUCGGUCUCAAACUGAGAAUUACACCAUGGGCCUCCCUGGAUCUCCAGUUUGCAAAUGGCCUAUUAUGAGACUUCUCAGCCUCCAUAAUUGGGGGGAGCCAAUUCCCCUAAGAAAUUUCUGCUCAUGUAUUAAGAGAUUUAUAAAUACAUAGGCAUACCUUUGAGAUCCCUGAGAUACUUUUAUAGUUCACUUCCAGACUACUGCAACAAAGUAUCACAAGAAAAUGAGUCAUGAAUUUUUUUGGUUUCGUAGUAUAUAUAAAAAUUAUGUUGACAAUAUACUGUAGCCUAUUAAGUGUACAAUAGCAUGUCUAAAAAUACCUUGUACAUAGCUUAAUUUAAAAUACUUUACUGCUAAAAAAUUUUGACAGUCAUCUCAGCCUUCAGUGAGUUAUAAUCCGCUGCUAGGAGAUCUUGCCUCAGUGUUAAUGGCUGACUGAUCAGGUUGGUGGUAGCCGAAGGUUGGGGUGGCCGUGGCAAUUUCUUAAAAUAACAAUGGAGUUUACCACAUCAAUUGACUCUUGCUUUAAUGGACGAUUUCUCUGUAGCUUGUGGUGCUGUUUGAUAGUAUUUUACUCACGGUAGAACUUUGAUGGAAAUUGGAGUCAUCCUUUCCAUCCCUGCUUCUGCUGCUUUAUCAAUGAAGUUUAUGUAAUACACCAAAUCCUUUGUUGUCAUUUCAACAAUAUUGACAACAUCUUCACCAGGAGUAGAUUGCAUCUCGAGGCACCACUUUUAAAAAAUUUUUAAUUUUUAUGGGUUCAUAGUAGGUAUAUAUUUAUGGGGUACAUGAGACAUUUUGAUAUAGGAAUUCAACAUGUAAUAAUCACAUUAGGGUAAAUGGGGCAUCUGUCACCUCAAGCAUGUAUCAUUUCCUUGUGUUACAAACAUUCCAAUUAUACUCUUUUAGUUAUUUUUAUUGUUUUUUGUCUUUUUUUUUUUUUUCCUUUUUGUGGAGAACGAGGUCUCACUAUCUUGCCCAGGCAGGUCUCAAACUCCUGGGCUCCAGCUGUCCUCCCACCUCUGCCUCCCUAAGAGCUGGGAUUACAGGCAUGAGCCACCAUGCCUGACUUCUAGUUAUUUUUAAAUGUACUAUGAAUUAUGAUUUAUUGCAGUCACCCUGUGUGCUAUCAAAUACUAGAUUUUAUACAUUCUUUCUAUUUUGUGUGCCCAUUAACCAUCCUCGCUUUCCCCCACUCCUCACUGCCCAUCCCAGUCUCUGGUAGCCAACAUUCUACUGCCUGUCCAUGAGUUUGAUUGUUUUAAUUUGCAGCUGCUGCAAAUGAGUGAGAACAUGAGAAGUUUCUCUCUGUGCUUGGCUUCUUUCACUUAAUUUUGACAAAUGGGGAUAGUUGUUAAGAACAGCUCUGGCAGAGGCAAGAACAUUAGUAAAAACGCUGGAGUAUUAAUAAAAAAUGUUCAAAGAACAGGUGGUUUGAACUAAAGGCAUGUAUCAAAAUUUUUAUGUAUCUUGGUUAACAUCUGCCUAUCAGAAAUAUUAUUUCAUCCAGACUCCCCUACUACUUCGCAUUUCUAGAUUAUUCUGCAGCAAACUCAACAUGUCAUAUCACUUUGUCUUAAAUAUUUCAGUAUCUCUAAAAGAUAAAGGUACUAUUUAAAAAGAACCACAAUAUCAUUACCAGACAUAAAUAAUAAUUAUUUAAUAUCAACUAGCCAGCCAAUGUUCAAAUGUCCUCGACUAUCUCAAGGAAGUUUUGCUUUGUGUUUAUAGUUUGCUUGAAUCCGUAUCCAAAUAAAGUUCGAACAUUGCAAUUGGUUGAUAAGAUCUUAAGUUUCUUUUAAUCUGUAAGGUUUUUUUUCUCUCUCACUUUUCUCACUAAUUAUUUGUUAAAUAAACCAAAUUGUCUUUCAAGUUU